GCAGGGGACCAAGUAAUGUCCCCAGAGCUGAGAGCUGCAAUGCAAUCUCAGCAGCACAGCCCAAUCCCUCCCAGCUGCUGCAGGCUUGCACUUGUCCCAUGAUGGAGGCGAUAAGGGGAAGGGAGGCUGCAGGCCUCAUCCUGCUGCUCCACCAGCGACCCCAGCUAUGGCACAGUGUGAUCCUGCCCAACCUGUUCCUCUGGACACCAGGUGUUGGCUGCCACAUUGCCACGGGCUGUGGUGCUGGACAUGGCAGUGCUCAUGAUCCUGCUGCAGUGUGACCCCCCCAGCAGCCAUUUAUAAGGCUGUCACUGCGGAGGGUGCUCAGCAUCACUGGGUGCACAGCUGGAACAAGCUGUCCUGGUGUGCUGAGCCCUGGCUGGCUCCUGGCACUGAUACAGCAGCACCGCUGCGCCCUGGGAUGCCUCCCAUCUUCUGCAUUUUUUUUUACCCGUGAAAAGUCAUCAGGGGAGGCCGGGGGAGGGUUGUGUUUGCCGAGCAGAGCCCUCUGUGAUUCCCUGCCACCAGGAAGUUCCUGCCUUAAAAAAGCCCGCUCUGUCCCCAAUUGCUACAGGGGAAAGGAGGAGCAGGGUCGUGUCCCCACGUCCCCCUCUCCGCUGUGCCACCGCCACGUGGGAUCCCGUGGGACCCCUCGCAAGGUUCCCUUGCACAUCGCCCUGCUGUCGGGGCCGCGGCUCCGAGCUCAACUGGCGUUUCUUAAAGGAGCCUUUGAAAUCACCCGGCAUUUCCUCUAAGACACCAUGGGGGAAAGUCCCCGCAGCGCAGUUCCCAGAGCCGGGGCAGUUCCCGGCGCUGCCGCCACCAUAAAACGCGGGCGGGCGGCAGCGGGCAGCAUUCACUGCGGGCGGACGGGGACAUCGCAGCAUGGGCAACUGGCUGGUCAACCACUGGUUCUCGGCAGCCGUCCUUGCAGCUUGGCUGGGCAUCAACAUCUUCCUCUUCACAUACUACUUUCUGUUCUUCGACCAGGAUGAGAAGUACUUCUACACCAGGGCCAUCCUCGGGUCUGCCCUGGCGUGGGCCCGGGCAUCGGCCAAAUGCCUCAACUUCAACAGCAUGCUGAUCCUGCUGCCCGUCUGCCGCAAUCUGCUCUCCUUUGUGCGUGGGAGCUGCUCGUGCUGCAGGAGGACGCUGCGCAAGCAGCUCGACCACAACCUCACCUUCCACAAGCUGGUGGCCUACACGCUAGCCCUGCUCACAGCCGUGCACACCAUUGCCCAUCUCUUCAACCUGGAGCGCUACAACUACAGCCAGCAGGCCAACGAUGGCACCCUGCAUGCUGUCCUCUCCAAGAUGCACCUGCAGGACAGCAACAAGUGGCUGAACCCCAUCCAUUCUAACCAGACGACCGUCGAGUACGUGGCCUUCACCACCAUCCCGGGGCUGACCGGGGUCAUCAUCACUCUGGCGCUCAUCCUCAUGGUCACAUCCUCCACUGAGUUCAUUCGCAGGAACUACUUUGAGGUCUUCUGGUACACACACCACCUCUUCAUCAUCUACUUCAUUGGCCUCGUCAUCCACGGCGUCGCCGGGUUGGUGCGUGGGCAGACAGAGGAGAGCAUGAAGGAGGUGCACCCAGAUCACUGCGCCACGUUCCUGCUGCAGAAACCCAAGGAGUGCAGGCAGAAGUGCUGCAAGGAGCCUGAGUUUGGCAGCAUCCCUGCGGAGUCCUGGAAGUGGGUUCUGGCUCCCGUCAUUCUCUACAUCUUUGAGAGGAUCCUGCGGAUCUGGCGCUCGUGCCAGAAGGUGGUCAUCACCAAGGUGGUCAUGCACCCCGCUAAAGUGCUGGAGCUGCAGAUGCAGAAGAAGGGCUUCCACAUGGAAGUGGGGCAGUACAUCUUUGUCAACUGUCCCGCUGUCUCCGUGCUGGAGUGGCACCCCUUCACCCUCACCUCAGCACCUGAGGAGGACUUCUUCUGUAUCCACAUCAGGGCAGCCGGGGACUGGACGGAGCGCAUCAUUGACACCUUCCAGCAGCAGAAGCUGGAGAUGCCCAGGAUCAAAGUAGAUGGUCCCUUUGGCACGGCCAGCGAAGAUGUGUUCAUGUAUGAGGUGGCCAUGCUGGUGGGAGCAGGCAUCGGUGUCACCCCCUUCGCCUCCAUCCUGAAGUCCAUCUGGUACAGGUUCCAGCAGAAUGACCAGACUCUCAAGACCAAGAAGAUCUACUUCUACUGGCUCUGUCGAGACACGGGUGCCUUCACCUGGUUCAACGACCUGCUUGCCUCACUGGAACAAAAGAUGGCUGAGUCUGGCAAGGCAGACUUCCUCACCUACCGGCUCUUCCUCACCGGCUGGGACAACAGCAUUGCCAACAACGCAGCACUCCACUUCGACACAGUCACGGACACGGUGACAGGCCUGAGGCACAAAACCAUCUUUGGGAGGCCCAGGUGGGACACCGAAUUCUCAGUGGUGGCCACAGCCCACCCCAGGUCAGUGGUUGGAGUGUUCCUGUGUGGGCCGGAGGCACUGGCAAAGGUCUUGCAGAGAUCUUGUCACCAGCACUCCAGCUUGGACCCCAGAAAGGUCAAAUUCUACUUCAACAAGGAGAACUUCUAAGCAGGAGCCGGGCUGGGACCACGGGCAGCAGAAAACAACCAGCCUGCUGCUCUCACUUCUCUUUUUGAAGCAACUUUGCCUGGCAUGAGCAUCAGCUGAAAAGCAUGAGAACCAGGCAAGCCAGAGAGAUGAUCCUUCAUAAGGAGAAACUCUGGGUUCAUAGACUGCUCUCUCCUUGACCCUACGAAGGGUCCCUGUGAGGGGAGAUGAGCCCAGCUGUCAGCACAGCCCCCAUGCAACACACAUUGGGAUGGUACUGGCAUGCAGGUGCAGACCAGGAGGAGGUGAGGGGAGCCCGGCACACUGGGUGAGAUGGUGGGGUCAGACGUGGCACCAAGGACCAAACACACCCCUCCAGAUUUAAACAUCCCUGUCCAUAAAACAGUAAAUUAAACUUGCCUUUCCUUGCAAUAAAAACCAUGUUCAAUAAAAGCCGCGUCUCCAUCU